AUGAAAAAAGAGACUUNUUUAAAAUAUGCUAAGAUUGAACAAGAUUUAUCCGAUACAUUUGAAAAAUCUAAUCAAUUAUCAAUCGAACAUAUGUCACCCAAUAUUAUUGUUAAUCAUCAACAAGUUUCUCCAUUUACAGCUAUGAUUAAUCGACCGAAGCAAUAUUAUAAUUUAAAACAGAGAAAUGAUCAUUUAUAUCCUUUAAAUAGCCAGAGCUCUGUCUCUCAACAGAACUCGAUUCGUCAACCUCAAUCUCGAUCAACUUAUACGUAUAGAACACCAAUACAAACUUAUUCACAACAAAAAACAUUUAAUAAGAAAUAUAUUAAUAAUCAAUUUCCAUCACAACAACAAUUUAGUAAUUGCAAAGUUUGUGGUCGAAACAAUCAUCGAACAAUCGAUUGUUUCUAUAAACGUACAACCGGAUGCUUUAAUUGUGCAAAUUCAACACCACUUAAUAUAAUCGGUCAAAUUACAUUAGAACUAAAACUUAAAUCAAUAAGAACAUACGUUAAUGCUCAUGUUGCAACAAACUUAAUCACCUCCUUACUAUUAGGUAAUGACUGGAUUAAUUCAAAUCAUGUUCAUUUGUUUGGUGAUCAACAACAACUCACUAUUCCUGAUCAAUAUAAUCAAUUGACAUCGAUUUCAUAUGUAGAACCUAUGUUUACUAGUCACCCAGCCUUAUUAGUCAAUCAAAUUAUCCUUCCACCAUAUUCACAAACAUUAGUUGAUAUUUCAUGCGGAAUUAAUCAUAAUAAUAAUCUUAUAUUUGAACCGUAUUCAAACUACGCCUCAAAAUUUAUCUUCAUACCACACACAUUAUUAAAUAUUAACAACCACAAAGCUAAAGUAUUAUUAAUCAAUGCUCGGAAUCAACCAACAACAUUACCUAAGAAUACACGAAUCGGAACUCUUUCUUCUCCAUUAACAUAUACAAUAUGUUCUAGUACAAUCAAUCCAACAAAACAAAGUUCACCUCCCGAUAAACAUAAUAAAUCAACACUUCGACUGCCAAUUAAAUCACAAUGUAGAGCUGUUACAAAUAAACAUAACAACUCGAAAGAAGAAAAUUCGAACGUUAUUUGUGAUAUUUGCAAUGAAUAUUUUUUAUCUGGUAAUGAUUUACAAAAACAUUUACGAGCGCAAUGUUAUUCAGAACAAAUUCGACAACAAAUAUCAAAUUUAACCAAACACAUAGACAAUGAAAAUGAUCGUUCAAAGAUCCAAAAUAUAUUAUGGCGAAAUAAAACAUUAUUUGAUCCUACACCAUCAAUAAUAAAUAUACCUCCACAAUCUGCAAUUAAAACUGGUGAUCAUCCACCUAUCUAUUCAAAACAAUAUCCAGCUUCAUAUAAAGAUCAAGAAAUUAAACUUCAUGAAACGCAAAAAUUAUUAGAUCGUGGUCAAAUUGAAGAAUCAACUUCUCCAUGGUCUUCUCCUAUUGUUCUGGUUAAGAAAAAAGACAAAACUAUGCGAUUUUGUAUUGAUUAUCGUCGAUUAAAUGCUAUUACAAUUAAAGAUGCAUUUCCACUUCCUCGAAUAGAUGAAAUAUUUGAUCAAUUAUCCGAUGCAACAUAUUAUACAAAAUUUGAUUUCAAAUCUGGUUAUUUUCAGGUACCUCUAUCUAAGGAGGACCGACCUAAAACUGCCUUUUCAACUCGUGAUAACCAUUAUCAAUUUACUGUUCUCCCACAAGGAAUUAGCAAUGGGCCCGCAACGUUUCAACGUGUGAUUAAUCACAUAUUAGGACCCACAAGAUGGAAAUAUGCCUUAGCCUACAUUGAUGAUAUAAUUAUAUAUUCCAAGACAUUUGAAGAACAUAUACUACAUCUUAAUGAAAUAUGUACAAUAUUAAAAGAUGCUCGAUUUCGUCUUAAUCCAGAGAAAUGCGAAAUUGCUCGAAUUGGAACAGAUUAUCUUGGACAUAAUAUUAAAAAUGGUGAAAUUCGCCCCAGUCUUUAUAAUAUUAAUGGUUUACUAAAUACAAAAUUACCUCAAACACCGGAUGAAGCUUGCAAAUUUGUUAAAGCAGCUGAAUAUUAUAGAAAAUUUAUACCAAAUUUUUCUCAAAUUGCCGAACCAUUACGAAAAUUUGUUCCAACGACAAAAACUCAGCAAAGGAAAGGACAAAAAACAAUCAUUAAAUUAACCGAUGAUGAAGUUAAAGCAUUCCAAAAACUUAAACAUUAUCUUACAACCGACUUAGUUUUAAAAUUACCAAAUAAUAGAUUCCCAUUUAAAGUGCAAACUGAUGCAUCUGAUGAGGGAAUCGGAGCAGUUUUAUUACAAAUUUAUCCCGAUGGUAAUAGACCUGUUGCAUAUAUAUCGAAGAAAUUUACUCCAGUACAGCGCAAAUGGUCUCCUAUGGAACAAGAAUGUUAUGCAUUUAUUUGUGCAUUAGAUAAAUGGCAUAACUAUUUAAGUGGAGUUAAAUUUACUUGGGAAACUGAUCAUAAGGCAUUAACACAAUUGAAUCAAAAAGCUCAAAUUAAUAAAAGGUGUGAAAGAUGGAGAUUAAAAAUCUUAGAAUAUGAUUUCAAGGUGCAAUACAUCCCAGGAUUAACAAAUUCAAUGCCCGAUUAUUUAUCAAGGUCUCCAGUUGAUGACGCUGAAGAAGAUCCUGAUGAAAUUUCAAAUCUUGUUUCAACAUCAACACAAACCGAUUCUUCAUAUAUUAAUAAUCAUUUACCUAUUGUUACAGCUGUUGAAACUCGUGCAAUGAAAUUAAGAAAUAAAAAUUUAAAUGAUAUAAAUGACAUUUCGAAAUUAACACCGGAUUCUCUAAAUGCUUCUAGUCAAGAGAAUCGAAUUAUUCCAUUUUCAAUCGAACAAUUAAUUGAAGCUCAACAACAUGAUGAUUAUGCAAAAAAUAUUAUGAACAAUAUUAAGAAACAUAAAAAUUAUUUUAUUAAAGAUAAUUUAUUAAUGCAUCAAUCGAAACACCCAGUUCCCUAUAUACCACAAGGCGAUGUUAGACGAACAAUCUUACAAAUUUAUCAUGAUACUGCAGCAAAUGGUGCUCAUUUUGGACGAGAUAAAACAAUACACAAAAUUAAAACACGUUACUUUUGGCCUUCAAUGUACAAGGAUAUAACUAAUUAUAUCAAAUCGUGUAUUACUUGUGCUCAAUAUAAUCCUCGUCGAAGAAAAGCUCCUGGCAAAUUACAACCAAUUAAACCCCCGGACGGUGUAUGGCAGUUAGUAUCUAUGGAUUUUCAUGGUCCUAUUAAUCCAACAUCUCGUCGUGGUAAUAAAUACAUUAUAUGUCUUACAGACGUUUUAUCAAAAUUUGUGGUAACAAGGGCAGUGCGUGACAAUACUGCUCAAACAACCGUUAAAUUUCUUAAAGAAGAUAUUAUUUCAAAAUUUGGUACACCUCGAUGUAUAUUAACCGAUAACGGUACCCAUUUUACAUCAGCAAUAACGAAUGAAUUAAUUAAACAAGUGGGAGCGACACAUUUAUAUACAACACCAUAUCAUCCUCAAUCGAAUGGUCAAGUUGAACGAUAUAAUUCAACAAUGGAUGCAAAAAUUGCUGCAUUAUCCAAUAUACAAAAAACAGAUUGGGAUGAUCAAUUACCAUUUGUAACAUUCAAUUACAAUACGUCAAUCCAUGCAUCAACCAAGCAAGUUCCAUUUGAAAUGAUGUACGGUAGAACACCAAUAUUACCAUUUGAUUAUCAAGGAGAUAAUGUUACAAUUCAAUAUGAUGCCGAACAUGUGAAAAAACUUAAUCAAUUUUUAACAAAAUUAAAUGAACAAGCAAAACUUAAUAUAAAAAAAAAACAAGAACAAUAUAAGCAACGUUACGAUGCAAAUCGAUCUGAUCCUUUUUAUAAUAUUGGUGAUCUGAUCCUCGUUAAGACGCCUCUACUCCACUCAAAGUUUCAUAUUCGUUAUGAAGGACUAUUUCGAAUUACUCAACAACUUACACAAAAAACCUUUAUUGUACAACACACAAAAAAACCAACAUUUCAUCGUCAAGUUACAGCCGAUGUGAUGCUUCCAAUAUUCGAACGCAUUCAUUAA